AUGGCCAACGAUGAGCGACACGCAGCUGCUGAAAGCGACCCCCUUCUGCCACCAGCCGACCUCACCGGAGAAGCCACCACCGGCACCAGCACAACAACCGAUCAGGAUGCCGACACCCGAACCACGGCGCAGCGGCUGCGCAUCGCCAUUCCGUGCCUGCUGUGCUUCUUCUGCCUCAUCAUCGGCGACGCGCUGACCACGACGCCCGUCAUGCAGAUCCGCGAGAACCUCAUCUGCCGGCGCAUGUUCCGCGACGCCCUGCCCUCCACCGGCGCCAGCCUCGACCUCGACCACGACCCCCUCUGCAAGAGCAACCCCGUGCAGGCGGAGCUGGCACUCGUCAACGGCUGGGAGCUCACCUUUGUGCUGAUCCCGAGCAUCCUGACGGGCGUGCCGUGGGGCAUCGCCGCCGACACGCACGGCCGCACGCGCAUCCUGCAGCUCGCCAACCUCGGCGUGCUGCUGUCGUUCUGCUGGCAGAUUGCUGUCUACAGCUUCCCGGACGCGCUGCCCGUGCGGGCCGUCUGGCUGCAGGGCGUCUUCUUCCUGCUCGGCGGCGGCGCGUCGACGUACGGCGCGCUGCUCUACACCAUUGCGACGGACAUUUCGAGCGAGGCGCACCGCGCGACCGCCAUCCUCGCCCUCGGCGCCGCCAACCACGCGGCGUCCCUCCUCGGCGGGCCCAUUACGUACUUUGCCAUGCAGCGCGGCGCGUGGUUCGCCGUCUGGCUCGGCGUCGCCGUCUGGCUGCUCGUCUUUGUCCUGACGGCCAUGAUCCCCGAGACGCGCAGCGACGCCGCGGUUAGGCGUGCGCGCCAGGAUGCCUUGCAGCAGGAGGCAGACGAUGCCGGCGCGAUGAAGCAUGCCUGGUGGGACGUACAGCCGCUGGUCUCGAGCGUGACCGCGCAGACCAAGAUGGUCACCAAUGUCAUCUUCCUGAGCAAUGCCACGCUGGGCCUCUUGCUCUUCAGCACCGUCUUCACGACCCUGGGCAGCGCGGGCGGCAUUCUGCAGCAGCAGUACGCCGCCAAACGCUUCGGGUGGACUAUGGCCGAGACGUCCUUCUUGCGCUCCAUCAAGGGAACCGUCAGCCUUGUGCUCACGGCGGCGGUGCUUCCCGCCAUCAGCCAGGUCUUGCUGAAAAGGUUCAAGCUGGCGCCCAUCAUCAAGGACUGGUGGAUGACCAUCGGCAGCCUGUGCGUGGUCAUUGUUGGAAGCGCCUGUCUGACUGCUGCUGGUAGCAGUGCCCUCUUUGUCGUCAGCUUGAUGAUUGUCCAGCUCGGCGGUGGCUAUGAAUUCGCCUUUCGCAGCAUGAUUUCAGAGAUGGUUGACUCGGCGCAUAUCGCCAUGCUCUUUACGGCCUACUCAGUCUUCAUGCUGCUGAGCGAGGUCGGGGCUGGUCCCAUUCUCGCCGUCGUCUUUAACAAGGGUCUUGAUGUCGGCGAGAUUUUAGUUUAUUUUAGUUACAAGGUGUGGAAGACAGACCGCCAUUCUCGGCAGCAGCGACGCCGCGUACCUGUACCACCACAGAAACGCCUGUAA